UGAAAUAACGCAAAAAUGACAAUCGUAUUAAGAGCAUGUUUGAUUGUGCUUCUUCUUCAUUGGAAUAUCAAGGAGUCAAGUUUUCAGGAUGCGGAGGUAGUGCCUGAAACUCCUCUUCAAAGUAGUUUACAUUUGAGUGAAAAUUUAAAUAAGCCAUUUGAAAAUGCUCACCAAAAUACGGAAGGCCCAGAGACCAAUACAGAUUCCACUGAGGAUACAGAUCUGAACUCGGCAUUUGUCAAAUACGGCACUGAUGAUGGGAAUACAUGUCUUUUGGAUAACAUUAAACAGGAUAUACUAUGGUGGGCAUUUCCUAAUGGAACUCUAAAGACCACAAGUGCUAAGUACGCUACCAAUAUGCAUUUAGAUCUUUCAUUUGGCAAUAUCUCAGAUGACGAAGAAUUGCUAAAUAAAACGAGAUUCGCUCAUAGAUAUAGACUUCAAAAAGUCGAAGUUUUCUCAGCUGCUUACAAUUCACUAAAUGCAGUACCAUUCCAAACUUUGAACACAAUGAGUAAAUCAUUAAAAUAUCUAUCCCUACAAGGUAACCAAUUUGCAGCUCUCAACCACGAUGUGGAAGAGCAAAGUAUUGCUUGGGCUACUUUUCCGAGCCUGCCGAAUUUGUUGGAGCUCGAGAUUAGCAACUGCAGCAUUGAGUAUGUGAGCAGAGAGGCAUUUAAGAAUAUAAAAAAUCUGCGGAAGCUAUUCAUAUCCAACAACAAAAUAAUGACUAUUGAUUUUGAUACCUUUUACUAUAUACCUAAACUACAAUAUUUAGAUCUGUCAUUUACAAAUGUCUUGAACUACAAUUAUCAGUUCUCGAUGCCAACACUUGAGAUGAUCUUAAAUCUAGUAUAUGGACUAAAGAUACAUCAAGCAGCGUUCAAGUAUUUGCCGGAUCUAAUUUACUUGGAUCUGUCGCACUCGAAAAUUACGAGAAAUAGUGCCGUUGCCUUUACAUAUCUUGGCGAUAAGCUGAAGUAUCUUAGUUUAUGCUACACUUCGUUUCCCAUGAUGAGCAACGGCUUGUUUAAGAAUACAAUUCUGGAGGGCCUCGAUUUAUCCGGCAAUCCAUUUGUUUCGUAUAAUAUUUUGGACGAUGCCUUCGAUAGCACAAGCGAAACACUGAAAUUUCUAUCCUUUGAGCACUCCAAUCUCAAGGACCUUGACUGGUUGAAACCCCUGAAUAAAUUGCAAUUAUUGUCCCUAGCGGGGAACAAUAUAAAUGCCCUCGACGUUGAUAUAUUCAAGCCUCUGGUUAGUCUGAAACAGCUUGACCUGAGCUACAACCACAUUGGCAAUUGGUAUAAGAGUGUCUUCUCCCAUAACAAACAACUGAGAGUUCUCAAUUUGCGCAGCAACAAUGUCAACAUGUUGACCACGGAGAUGUUAAAGGAUUUCGAGCUAUUGGAAUAUUUGAGCUUAGGCAGCAAUAACUUCCUCUGUAAUUGCAAUCUGCGGGAGAUCGUUGAGGUAGCUGCUAAUAAUAACAAAGAAGCCAGCUGCUCCAUUGACUAUUUACAAAACGCAGCGGCUGAGCUAAUUUUCCAGAUCAAUGACAGCAACCUGAGUCGAUUGAGUAAUAUCCUGAACAAACAUAUUGAACGGCAGCUGUGGAAUCGAAAAUAUAUUCCGUUGCUUAACGACAGCUAUAAGAACAUUAAGGACUUCAAACGCCUCAAGAAUAUCGUCAAACUGCAUUUUGUUUCAAAUAAUAUGAGUAGUAGUCAAUGCCCUCACUCAAGGCCGACCACUGUGAAUGAUACGAGACUGAAAUUUCAAUUACUGGACUAUGAUGCAAAGAACUAUUGGUGCUUCAAUGAGACGGAAAAGUUGCAGGUGGAUGAAUUAGUUUGCCAGAGUCGCAACUUAAUUAUCCUCGAGAGGGAGCUUCAUAAUGCAAUGAAGAUCAUCACAGCUACAGUUGGCAGCCUUCUCUUCAUGUUCAUUCUGGGAUUUGUAAUAUACCUGAAGCGUUGGCACAUUCACUACUAUUAUGCCUCACUUAAGUCAGCUGCGCUUUUAUCUACUGCAGCUAAAGAUAGGAUCCGACAUCUAGCUGAAAGUGACCCGAGUGUUAUAUAUGAUAUAUUCAUUAGCUAUUGCCAAAACGAUCGACAAUGGCUUUUGGAUGAGCUGCUCCCAAAUGUGGAGAAAUCUGGUGAUAUUUCAAUAUGUCUGCAUGAACGUGAUUUUCAGAUCGGAGUGACUAUAUUGGAUAAUAUUAUUUCGAGCAUGGAUCGUUCGCGCUCUCUUAUGCUACUUAUAUCAUCAAAGUUUUUACUCAGUCAUUGGUGUCAAUUCGAAAUGUAUCUGGCUCAACACCGUAUCUUUGAAAUGAGUAAAGAGCAUUUGAUACUCGUAUUUCUGGAAGACAUACCGCGUAGUAAACGACCGAAAACUCUACAGUACCUAAUGGAUAUAAAGACCUACAUUAAAUGGCCGAGUAAAGGAAACAAACAGCCAUCAUUGGAAGAACGGAAAUUGUUUUGGAAACGUCUAAGAAAGUCUUUGGAGUCUAUUGGCAUUGGCACAAAAGAUUCCAGAGUCUAAGCGCUGUUUAGAUUUUAAUAUACACAAAUAUUCUAGUCUGUUUAUUAAGUACCUGAUAUACACACUAAUUAAUUUUAUGAAAAAUAUGAAAUCCACUUGACUUUAGUAUAUUUUAAGUA